CAGCUCAGUUAUUUACUCUGCAGCCUUGUGUACGUGCAUAGCCGCGUACCGUGACUCACAAGGCGGUGCAUCAGCAGCCUCCUCCCAUUUCCAUCUGCCUCUACAGCCUCUCUGCCUCUCUGUCUGCUCUGCAUCCUCUACUGCCUCCUCCUCAUCAUCAUCACCACCAUCCCAUCCACCAAAAUGGACACCAACACCCCAACCCUAAGCGACCACAUCACCCACCUAGCCACCCUCCCCCUACACGCGCGCAUCGAAGCCCUCCACGCCCUAACCCCGAACCUCACCCCCACCAUCUCCCCCACCGGCACCCGCCUAAUCACCCACCCGUCCUACACCGGCUACGCGCACCUCGACCCACUCGGCACGCUCUACCUAACCACCGCGUGGGCCUGUACAGAAGAACACGCCCCUCUCACCACCCGGCUACUACACGCGGACCUCGACCCGAUCUUCGAAUCGAUCUACGUCUCCAGCGAAGACCAACUCCUCGCUGGCCGGAAAGACGGAACCGUCGUCAUUCCCAAGCCGGAUGAGAAUAAUGAGCCUGUUGGGUGUGCUUGUUGUCGGGGGGAUCCGGAUGCGUUGAUUCUGGCGGGGUUUGAGACCGAAGGGGCGUUUUAUUUCUUUGAGGAGGAGUAUCGUGCCCUCUGGGGGGAUGAGCCUGAGCAUGGUAUGAUGUAUUCGCCUAGUAUUGGGAGGAGGUUGGCGGCGUCGAGGGCGCAGAUUAAGGGGGCGUUGCAGAGGGAGAGGGAGAGGGAGAGGGAGGGGAAGGUGGUUGCUGUGUUGUAGAUUUAAUGUGAAAGGGUUUGAUGUGACGGGAUGGGGAUAUUGUCUUCGUGUGAUGGAUCUGGGGUAUUAUCCGGGGUUGAUCAGGGUUAAACGGAGCUACGUGCUUGCUUCUUGAUGAUUAUGAUCUAGGUACUCCGUAGUAGGUAGAAAUAAACUCCAUACGGAACA